CUCGAAAGUCCAGCUUUUUGUGAUCGCCGAGCUUUUCCUCUCACAAUGAGUAUCGUUAUUCGUUAUAGUUUUUGAAACUAUUGCUGAUAAAAUGUGACUCAUCCAUUGUGUCAACAAAACCAACGGACCGUGCUGUGUGUUUUCACGUGAUUCUUUGUUUUUUUUAUUGCGUUUCAUUAGCCCUAGAAUGGACAGUUCCAUCUAAAUUGGUCUUGCUUUCGAAAUUUUUGCAAAUUAUACUUCGAAAAAUGUGGAGCCUUUUGAAAUCCGAAUUUUUGGAGAGUAUUUGGGGCAUUACGGUAGCAGUUGCACGAGGAAUCAUUGACAGUCUGAAAGGUGCCAUCAUAUUGUUUUAUCUUGACAAUAGAAUCAAUGAAAAAGCGACACGUAUAAGCACACCAAGGCAUCAGAAAAAAGAAGCUUCUGUGAAAGUAACUCCUCUGAAAGAGCGAAAAGUUUUGAAAAGAACUCUACAGUGUUGUGCUCUGAAUGGCGGCAUCUUCUGGCUGAGCAUCCUAAUUUUUGAAUGUGCAUGUCUGCCAAGUCUAAAAUAUGUCAUCUCGCUGAUUUUUAGCCACUCGCCAGCAACUGCCAAUUCCAUUUGGUUCUGGGUCCAUCUGUUCUUAUCAUGGACCUUCAGCACUGUGUGGGUCUUGCCGCUGUUUUUCCUCAGCAAAGUUGUGAAUAGCCUAUGGUUUCAGGAUAUUGCUGACUCAGCGUAUCGGUACAGCCAAGGCAAACCUCAAAAUAUCUUAAACAUAAGUAAACUCAUCGCAGAUUCGUUCUUCAGUAUUCUAGUCCAAGCUUUAUUUUUAGUUCAGAGUAUGGUAGUAAGCAUGAUCCCAAUUGUUGCCAUCGGGCAACUUCUAUCGCUGAUGCACAUGUGUCUACUUUACUCGCUGUACGCUUUCGAAUACAAGUGGUGCAAUAUGGGCUGGGAGCUACAUAGGAGACUUACUUUCAUCGAAAACAACUGGCCCUAUUUCAUUGGGUUUGGACUCCCUCUUGCAAUUCUCACCGAGUUGCCGAAGUCCUAUUUUGUCAGUGGCUGUGUAUUCUCAAUUUUGUUUCCUCUUUGGAUCAUCAGUGGCAAUGAAGCGAAUCCUGUGAUGAAUUCUAAUGACUGUCCUCUGAGGUUAUUUUCUCCAGUCAUCGUUCUAUCCAAUGCUGUGUUCAACCGAACAUUCAAGCCAUCUCGUAGAUGACGGUGGCGCUGAUCAAAAUGAACUUAUGAUCCUGUCUUAUUCUGCAAAAGUCUAUUUUCAUUAGUCUCCGUUUGGUUCAAUCGGGUAAUUUUUCUAUGAUUUACUAAUAUCCUCGUAUCCUCUAGUAAGUAUUUGUCUCAAUGAGAAUUGAAUGAUUAUUCUUCUUUCUAGAGUGAUAACGUGAAAUUCGUGACUAGCCAUGGCAAAAGGAACUCUAGUGCCAACAAUUGCAAAAUUAAGCACACUUUUGCACAGAGGAGUAUUUUUCAAACAUUUUUUCAAUGAAAAUUCUGGAAAAGGUCCAAUGAGACUCUGAAUUGGCAUUGUGAUGGUUUGGAGUUUGUCAUUGUAAAACAGCACUUUUGCAAUAAAGUUCACUGCCAGGAUGGUUAUUGUGAUUGUUCGCUUGUGCUAAGAUAAAAUAAUUAGAGGGAUCGCUUUGUACAGCGCAUUCGACUGUGCCGCUGCACAAUGGACCUGUUGCACACAAGAGAUACAGCCAACUGAUUACAUUUUUGAAGGGUAAAUUCGCUUGAAAAUUACGUUGGGCACAUCAAGAAAGUCUGAAAUCUACUCCUUAGUGCGCAAUCUGUAUAGUUUGUAACACGUUUUUGCAAAUUUACCACGUAUGUGGACAGUUUUUCUCGGAGGCCGGCAGUCGGGCUUGCCUGGAUAAAGACCUACCCAUAUAAACAUAAAUCUUGCAAACUGUCAUAAACUCUCCUUGCGUAAGAUUUCAAUCGAGUGGAAGCUUUUGUUUUUUUUACAAAAUAUACAAAGAAAAAGGAAACAAAUGUUUGAUAACGCUUAAAAUCAUACAAUUGAUAGAGUUAGUGAAAUCGUUUGUUUACUCGGGUUAAUUUUUCUUAUUCCGCUGCGUGUGCAGAGACCUGAUCGGCAGUGACUGAAAAAAACUGCCCGCAGAUGCAAGAGAUGAAAAAGCGUGUCGUAGACUUCGCAGAUUGCGAACUAAGGAAUGGAUUUCAGACUUGUUUAACAAGCCCAAAGUGAUUUUUUCCACCCACAUAGAGUACAUAUGUACUGCAUUUUGCAAUUUGGAACUAUAAAUUCUGGCUCCUCUGGAAAAACACUUAUGUGCAUAGGGAAACCAAUGGCACAUACGUUGUUUUUAACCGGGCUUGAAUUUAUAGUUCCAAAUUGCGAAAUGUAGUCCAUUUAUUUGGCUGUAUCUCUUUCAUACAACAGACUCAUUGAAAGGCCGUUUGUUGGUCUCCAAGCGAACUAAUUUAUUCCUCGGGAUACUCAAGAGCGUUUUCUGUCAAAGACUCAAAUUCUGAUUUUUUUAAGCAAAUUGACGAGAAUCGCCUCUCAGAAAAAGGUUUGUACAUCAAGGGCCCUUUAGCCAUGGACAGUCACAACUAAUUUCUAAAAUUUUACAGUCCUUGAAACGAGUGUGACUGUACUAGUUCUGUAAUACUUAAGUUUUUAUCCUAAAAUCAAACACGUCUUUUUCCUGUGUCGCGAUGAACCCAAGUAUGACUCACGAUGAAAAUGUAAUCUCCACGUGUAUCAGGGGUGCAGAAAGUUCUUUACCCGCACAUUUUUUGAGGCUUUCUUUGCAUUGCUGUUCACACAAGACUGCGCGCUUCACUCUUUUCUUUGCAUGAAAGAGCUAGUAACACAGUUUUCCCCUCCGAAAAGUAAUGCGCUUAGUACUUCUCUUCUCAAAAAAUAAUGCAUUUUAUGGUCCUUUUCAUAUGAAUGCCCUCUGCUUUCACAGUUUCCCUUUUUUUGGUGCCUUCACAUUUCUCCUGCGAUUGGCUGUCAGUCAAUCGAGCACUUUCUACACCCCCGAGGUGUACCUAUUUAUUUUUAUUAAUUCCAGGUAGAAAAGCGUUUGCAGUUGCUUUUCACUGAUGCGAAAAAAUCCAAAUGCUUGAUCCUGUGUUUACUGUUACGGUUUUUCCUCAUUCCCUUUUUAAUUGAAAAGAGGCAAUUGUGAACUAGUUAUUUUUUUUGCCUUUACUGUCUGACUUGCGUUCAUUGUUUGCCAUUAAACUGUUUUAUUUUACUAGCCCCCGGACUUCCCCCAGUGACUUAUUACUUUCUCCAGUGGAGGGAAUUCAAUUUAUUUUGUUAGUACACAGCUGCUAAUUAUUAUGAACAAGUUUUUAGUAGUCGAAUUUUUUAAAUCAUUGGAGGGGCAGUGAAGAAAAUUCCAAAAGUGACAGUCAUUGUAAGCGAACUAAAAAUUUCGUUUGCACAUGCUACAUUGAAAUUUCUUAGAGCGUAAGCUCCAUUGUUCAUCCAGACUGUUCUUUUUCAAUGAAAUUUAUCUUUUUUUGAAUGGUUUCCUCAAUUUGUAGUCUCCUGCAUGACGCUCUGUGACUCAAGUUGCAUAAUUUAUCAUUAUAUCACCCCUGAAAUUUAAACAUUUGCUUUCACUCCAUGAGUAGGACUUGCGUUAGAUAAGUUGGCAGUUGUUUACUUUCCAUUCGCAAGCGACUUUGUCGGCACUGUUUAAUAGCAAUCAAGGAUUGGCCCAGUGCCAUGAUGACACCGUGCUGCGGAUGUGCACAGAUACGAAAACCAAUACCUUUCUCUGAGGGGAUAUUGCUAAACAUGUUUACUGCAAGUGGCAGUCAGAAGUGAACAACUGCCAACUUAUCGGACACAAGUUCCAGAAGAAUUUUUAAACUUGAUGAACACCAAAUUUUCCUGGUAACAAUACUUUAAUUAGAUCAUUCACAGAGCUUCUCCAAUACAGGAAGUGUCGGGAAGUAAUUGUUUUGCAAAUUAAUUGCUGUCGCUCAUUUUCAAGGGUUAAGUCAGCACACAAAGAUUUCAGAAAUUUUUAGAAAAGAAGGCAAACAACUUCAAUUUUGCUAGUCCACAUCAUUACCUCACUUUUUAUUUAUUUCUAUUUUCACAUGCUUUUAUGUUAAUUUCUGCAAGCAACUUUUAAUGUAAGGGACUCUGGGCCUGACCCUUGUUCGCUGCAGUCUAAUUCAAGUUGCAAACCGUAAUUCUCUAAAUUCUAAAUUCAACUUUAAGUCAGGAAAAUUAUUUUCCAAGCUCAAGUUGUACGCAAGUUCAGCUUUUUUUCACAACAAGCUAGAGCCAACUAUAGUGCUUUAAUGGUCCAAACCAUUAAUCAGUGAUGGAAUAACAAAGUCGACAUUCUUACCUCAACUUAGAGUGGACAGCAAACCUGCCGAAAAAAUUGGGACCCUGGACUACAGCGCACAUCUAUGUCCAGGAAAUUUGUAAAAAAUUCAUGAUUUUUUGUUUUACUGAAAAUUUUAUGUGUACCCCUGUGCUCUUCCUCUUAAUUCAGGUGUUUUUCAAUUAAAUCAUGCCAACUGUAAUCAAUGUAAUUUUUCUCCACAGUUGUCCUCUAAACCCGGUCUUGCUCUAAAUUUUACCCCUCUAUCCGACCAAAAUUUUCGUAUUAUUUGUAUUGUAACAUUGACACAAAAUUCUGAAAUUGUAGCAUGAUGGUGUUUGAUAUGAAUUCAUUGCAAUGCAGCACCAGUUCCUCUCUUAUUUCCAGUAGUGAUUCUGACCGUCAUCUAUUUCUGUAACAAACCCAGCUUUUGUUUUGCAAACUUGUUUCUCCUUUUGAAACAUCUUACAAUUAGUUAUAAACUAGUCAAAACAGAUCGAGUAGAAUUAAACCAUUAUCUCAUUGUUAAUAUCACUGAAAUGAGUUGAGUAUCUUAAGUUGAUUCCAGUAGACUUUGGUGUCCAACGCGAGUGAGAAGUUUGAAUCUCUUUUAUGGAAAAUCUUGAUUUUCACUCACUCCUCAAAAUUGAAAAUGUGCCCGUUGUGUUGUAUGCCUAAUUUUGUUGAGGAAGCAUGCAUUGCGAUGCCGCAUUUCUGACUCUGUAUGAUGUUCCAUCUUCUGGAAGCAUAGACACACUCACCUGCACUUCUGUUACGAUUAAUUUUAAGAAAAAUUAAAGCGAUUGCUCCCUUGUUAACUAAGCAUUUUAGGAGAGCAGAAAUGUUUCGAACAUGAAUAUAUUUUUAACUAUGACUGUUUCCUUUCUAUGUACUUAAAAUGUGGGUCCUUUUAAGAGCCCUGUCGAUGUCUCUAGAUCUAGGCAAUAUUCAAAAUUCAAAAGAUAGGCUGCUAGUUCACUCUUCGCGCAAUUUGUUAUCAUAGGAGAUGAAGUUAAAGUUUUCCAAUGGGUUCGUUCCAAUAUUGUUGACAGGUAAAUUUGGAAUAUUUUUAGUCCUUGUAUCCAUUUAUGUGUGUUUUUUUGUUUCACACGAGACUAUGAUCUGAUUUUCACGAAGCUGGUCUAAAGAUUUGCUUAAACUUAGCUUUGCUAAAAACCUGGAUUCUCUAAUUUUUACUCCUCUUACUUGCAAACGAGUUGCAAGAAAGUCUCCUAUUGGUUGAACUUUUCUGCAUUUUGCAGUAUUCAACUGGAGUUACAAAACGUUUUCAACAGAAAAUAACUUUACAGCCUUGCGACUUGCAAUUUUACUCUGAGGUACUCCCUGCUUUGAUCUGCCAAAUUUAAAGUCUCUAAAAUUUCCUUUUUUGGGGGUUUCUUUCUCCCCUCAUGUUCUAAAAGUUGCUUCUCUUUUCAGCUAUGUUUUGAUUUGGUUAUCGAAUUUUACCAAGCAUGAUAAUUAUUUUGCACACGUUGACAGUGAUGAAUAUUUCUCCUACAUCUUUUUUUCCUCCUUAGCGACUCAAGUCUAAAAUCAACCUUACAGAUUAUUGAAAUAUUGUGAAAGAAUAUUAAGGAUCUGUGAUGAAUUCGCAUAAUCAAAGGUAUUGUAGUUUGUGCCCACAGUUGGUUUUAGCACCAACUAAUAAAACUUAUAACCACAGCCUAAGUUGAAACCUCUUUUCGCAAUGUAAAAUGCAGUGAACAAGAUGACGAAGACCAAAUUCGCCAAUCGUUGCUUUAAGGGUAUAAGCCUCCAUUUUAGUUUCACUAUUCAUAUUUGCGUCUUUUUUGUCGAUUUUAUAAUAAUUUUAAAGGAACCAAUGGUGCAAGAUUUUUUUACUUAUUUUUACAGUAAAAUUUGUCAAUUGUUUGUUGCACACACUAAAAUCCUUUUUACAUCUUUUCAAGAGCUUAAGUUUUCUUUUCUCUUUCUGUUGUGAUUUUCUUUUGAAUUUAUUUGCAUAGUAAGUAAAAUAAUAACUAUUUGGGGAAGAAGCAACUUGCUCAAAACUUCAAUUGCAUUUGGAAUUUUGUAGACAUUUUUUAAUCUUUCUAUUUUUGGAACAAGCAAAAGGCUGCGGUUAGUGACACUGGGCACAACAGUUUUCUCCCAUUUUGUCUUCCCAAUUUUCGUAAACGUUCUAAAUAUUUGUUACGUUUUGAAUAUUUUGUAAUAUAUUUUGGAUGAAAACAGCAUUACCCGGAUUGUAAUUUUCAUUUCUAUCAUAAAUAGUUUUCUUGCAUUGGGAGCAAAUUUGAGUUUCACUCAAGUAAUUUACCAAGUUAAAUUUUUUUUUUUCAAAUCUCUUUUCUAUACCUCAUAUAUUCUCGUUUCAAAUUAUCCUCUGAAAACAUUCUUUUUUUGAAGAUGAUUUAUUUUUAAGUCGAGGUAUUGUGAAAUUUUUAUCCAAUCUAGUUUAAACAUACUUUAGUCAAAGGUGAGUUGAAACUCAUCAUAUCUUAUCAACAAAAACUUAAAUUUUUUGUUGGCUCAGCUGUUCAAACCUAUUUUUUGAAACAGCUUUUACUCAACACUCAGGAGAGAGAAAGUAAAACUGUGAAUUUGAUUUUUCCAUCAAUUCUUUCAGUAUGUUGAAAAAUGUAAACUAAAAUAGAAAGUUCAGGUCCAUAGACUUACUAGUGCUAAUUUGGGUGUCAAAACUAACUACAUAUUUUAAGCUCAAAUUGUUGUAAAUAACUGGGAGCUCCAACUUAUUACAGUGUAAUUACUUAAAUUUUAAGUAAGUCCUGUUGCAUAGGAAUGCGAUACUCAAAUGUUCCUCGUUUUUAUGUAAGGCUAGAUUCCACUGGGUGAUUCAAAAGUCCUGCACCACCCUUGUAAUGUGUAAGGUUCUUGCUUCUUUUCAGGGCGGUCCCUUUAAAAUUUUGGGGUUUCCCAAAAGUUGUUUCCUUUCACCUAGGAGUUUCUACUCACAAAAUUUCAUGUGUCCAUCUCAAUUUUUUCAGAAGUUACGGGAGUAAUGCUUGGUACUGGUAGUGUGGAACUUUUGGAUCACCCGAUGUAAUAGAAUGACUUCUAAAUGAAGGUAUAAAAAGAGAAAAUUAUGUACAGAAUUGUAUUUUUACUUUCGAACUAAAUUUCAUUACAAUUCUUUAUCACAUUCCUCUGCAAAAGGAAAUGUAGUGCUGCGGUUAAGGAUGCUAGUACUUGUGUAAAUAUUUUCUGAACGAUCGCUAUAUAUUAAGACCUUUCUGACUUUGUUCAUUACCAUUGUACAGUUCAGCUUGUUUCCUUUUGUUAAUAUUAUGGAUAAUUUGUGUAAUAACGAUGAAUCAUGGGACUGAAAACUUUUUUUUCUGUAUUUUAAGUUGUUAAUUUUUUGAGUAAAUAAACUGUUUCUAGAAAAAGAA